UACUCGUGAAGAGGAGGAGGAGAAUGAAGAUGAAACUUAUUCUUCACUGAAUGAGGACUACAACAGCUCAGAUUCUGAAAAUGAAUGCAGCUCUCCACAGAGGAGGAAGGAUUUCUCACCAAUCCUCAGGUCUCUCAGAGAAGAGGAAGCAGUGAUUUGGAGAGUGAAGAUGAGUCUGAAACAAAGAAUCUCGAUUUUGCUCCUAAAAUGAAAACUCUUAGGCAAAGAAUGACUGAAGACAUGGUAUCUCUGGGUGAUGGAUCAAGUGAUGAUGAAGCCAAAUGGGAAGAACAGCAAAUAAAGAAAGCUGUUAAACUCUCUCAGGAAAUUUGUGAUGAUGCUUCUGUGCGUAAAUAUCAACCAACGAAACCCAAGUUUGAUACCUCUGUUUCUCUACCACCUGUGAAUUUGGAAAUUGUGAAGAAACGACUGACUGAAAGGAUAACAUCCUUACAGGAUGUGCACCGUGCCCACCAGAGAGAGUAUGAAAAAUAUAUGGAGGAUAUUGAGAGCUCAAAGAUGUCUGUCCAGGAGUUGGAGAAGUCUUCAGAUGCAGCUCUGAACUACAAAUUCUACAGGGCCAUGAAAACAUAUGUAGAAAACUUGAUAAACUGUUUGAAUGAAAAACUGAAGGACAUUAAUGAGCAGGAAUGGGCUGUACAUGCCCUUCUUCAGCAACGAGCCGUGAGAGUAUCAAAGCGAAGGCAAGAGGAGCUGAAAAAUGAAUCUGCUUAUAUUCAGCAUCUGACAAGUGGGGAUGGUAAACCAGCAAAAGGUGGAAUGGAAGGUUAUGAGAAAACACAGGUUCUGGAAAUGUGUGAGCAUCGAAGGACGUGCAGGCGGCAGGCGAGGGAGCAGUCAGGAGAAGGAGAUCACCACGAGGGCUUGUCGAGUGAUGAGGAGCUGACUCCCACAGAGGUGGACGAGUUCCAGAAGAGAAAAGAUAACGUUUUAGAGGAUAGUAGGAAAAUCUUUGAAGAUGUGCAUGCAGAUUUUUGUGACAUCAGAAAAAUCCUGUUGAAAUUCCAGGAAUGGAAAGAGAAGUUUCCUGACUCUUACUGUGAUGCUUACAUCAGUUUCUGCCUGCCUAAGCUAUUAAAUCCAUUGAUCAGAGUUCAGUUAAUAAGUUGGAAUCCUCUUGAGCAGAAUUUUACAGAGUUGGAAGAGAUGCCCUGGUUCAGAGCUAUAGAAGAAUUCAGUGAUGCAGAAAACGUAUCUGAAUCAAAAAGAGAUGAUGAUCAUGAUAAAGAAGUUUUGCCAAGAGUGAUUGAAAAAACUAUUCUUCCCAAAAUUACAGCAUUUGUGAAGAGUGUGUGGGAUCCUUUAUCUACUUCACAGACAAAGAACCUUGUACAGCUUUGCAAUAGCAUCUUUGGAAAACAAAUCCUUUCAAAACAUGAGCCCAGCCGAGCAAGAGAGGACUUGAUGAACACGGUUGUCCUAAGAAUGAAGAAAUCUGUAGAGGAAGAUGUCUUUAUUCCUCUGUAUCCUAAAAGCACUGUGGAAGACAAGUCAUCGCUACGUUCAAAAUUUCAAGAAAGACGGUUUUGGUCAGCUGUUAAGCUGCUCUCCAAUGUUGUUCGUUGGGAUGGGAUUGUCCAGGAAGACAAGGUCCGUGAUUUGGGGCUGAGCAAGCUGCUGAAUCGUUAUCUUCUCCUGAACAUCCUAAACACACCACUAGGGCCGGAUAAUAUAGAAAAGUGUAAUAAGGUGGUUGCAUCCCUCCCAGAAAGAUGGUUCCAAAAUCUCAAGGGUGGAUCAACUCUCCCUGAACUACUGAACUUCAGCCAGCACUUGCUGCAAUGUGCCCGUGUGCUACACAAGGACAACCACAGUGAUGAAAUAAAAGAAGUUCUUCUCCUGCUGGUGAAAAUUGGAGCUCUGCAUAUUGUAAAAGACUUCAUUGAAGAGCAUAAACUUGAACACCUUAAAGUAAUGAUUGGGAAAUAGAAAUCUUUGAAGAAAUGCUUACAUUACUGGAACAAGCCUGGUAGUCACACUAAACCAAUUCUAAUACGAAGUUUAAUUAGUGGAUCCUGCCUACUCCAGGUAGUGGUAAUCACUGUCUUAGUGUUAAAUACAUGAGGUGUUUUUUCCAAAUGUCUUUUACUCCUAGAUUAGGGAGUAUUUAGAAGUUCAGUUGUCAAAGCAAUGGUUCAGGCAUUCUAAAAUGUGUGACAGUGCUUUACUGCUGUAGGGAAAGAAUCCUGCAAACAGAAAGGGCCUGUGAACUUCAUCACUGCUUGCCAGUAGAUAACUUGACAAGUUAUUUUCAGUAUUAAUUGCUAAAUACCAUUCUGAUUCAGCAGCCAUUUGUGGUCCACAGUAAUUUUGGUAGGGUUAUUGUUAAGCCAUUCUUAGUCAAAAGGAAUUCAUGAUGCCCCUGAUACAGAAACAAGGGAGGUCAGUGUGCAGGUGAGGAAUCAGGAUUUUCAUCACAGACAUUGUGAUGAUGAGAAGAACAGAACAACUUCAAUUACUUUCUAGUAACUGGAGUUCUAGGAAACUCCCUUUGCUUGCCAGUAAGCUCUACAAAACUUUACUUCUUCAUAUCUUUAUUAGGAUAUUAUAUUAUUUCUAAUGUUUUAUAAUUUUGUAUAUUAUAUUAUUUCUAAUGUUUUGUAAUUUUGUAUAUUUGCAAUAAAUAUUGUUACAGAAUAACAAGGAUGUUUCAUUGUAAAAAUUGUAGUGCAUCACAGAAUCUGUAUAUUUGUGACUAUUUCUCCAAAAUCUUCUGGGAAUAGAAUUUAACUAUUGUAGGCUUAAUCCUUAUGCCUUCUUUUUAUAUUUUUUUAAGUUAAAAAUAUAUUUUUAUAAAAUACAUUAAUUGUAAAUUGGUUUGAUCAGUACUACAGAUAAAAGAUUAAAAAUAAUUUGGGGUUUUUUGAAAAUAAAAUAUUUUACUGUGGUAAUGACUCUUACAGUUCAAUUCUUUAAUAUGUGACAAAAAUGUUAUUAAGAUGUAUGAUAAAAACCCCACUCCAGCUCCACUAAUCCACGGUAGCUUCAGGAUUUAUAUUGCAAAUACUGCUUUCUAAUAAUCAAUUUCUGCUGUUUUUCCUCUCAGAAUGCCAAAAAAAAUUGCAACUGUUGAUCAGCAAUCACCACAAGCUCAUGAUCUCAUUGCUUUUCUCUUGUUCUGCUUUGCCUCAUCCCAGCUUGUCUCUAGCACCAGCCUUGUGCUAUGACAAAAAUGUAAUUGAUGUUCUAUCACAGUUUAGUUCUGUAGAUGUUUGUUUCUGGAAGAAAGAUUCCUUGUAAUGAGCUGUAAGCAUUGGGAGGGCAGUGGACACUUGAGCCACAGAAAUCUGUUCACACUGAAAUCUGGAAAGGUUAACUUUAUUGUUUGCUUUGCCCAUGUAUAUACAAAACUUGACAAUUGAUCAUCCAUACAGUAAACUAAAAUAUUAAUUUUCUCAG